AUGGCCACUGAAAUUAAUUCAAAUUUCUCUAAUGUGGGUCUUCAAUUCGUAAAAAUGUAUUAUCAUCUCAUGGAAAAUGAUAGUUUUUAUACUCAUUCUAGUAGUAACUGUCCAUUUUACACUUUUCACUCGAAACUACUAAUUUAUUUAAAAUUUCUUACAACAUUUAGUUCGGUUAAUAAUAAUAUGUUUUACAGGCAAGGGUUGGCUCAAUUUUACACAAAUGAAAGUAUGAUGACAUUUGAGAACAGUUCCUUUAAAGGUCAAUCUCAGAUUCUGGAGAAACUUCUAUCUAAUCCCUCAUCCAAAUAUGCAAUUCUUACAUGUGACUUCCAACCUUCACCUAACAAUGGCGUUGUAGCUUUUAUUAUGGGUACCCUCACUACACGAAAUUUAUACCAAAACACUAAUUAUUUUUUACACAUUUUUUACUUAUACACUCUUGUUAAUUAUUCUCAGUCUUAA